CUGUAUAGUGGCCUGUGUAAACGAAACAAGCGAUUUCAGGUACGAGGUAGUCAGCGUGUAAAUCGAUUGCGAACACACAGAGAUAGCUAACAGAAAACGUCGAUAAAACCCACGAGAAACCAACACAUCACUGCAUUAUAUUUCCAGACUAAGAGAAGAGAGUUCUGGUUAAUAUGACGGCAUUUUUGCCUCCGAAUUUACUGGCUUUAUUUGCCGCAAGAGACCCUAUUCCAUACCUGCCGCCUAAUGACAAGCUUGGAUUUGAGAAAAAAAGGAAUGGUUAUGGUGGAGUAGCACAAUAUCUCAAGGAGUUUGAGGAUCCAAAAGACACACCCCCUCCGACAAGAGUUGAAACAAAAGAUGAACGCAAGGAGAGAAAGAGGAAGGAGAGAGCUGAGCAGAUUGCCUAUAAGUUGGAGCAGGAUUUGGCCCUUUGGGACCCACAUGCAGCGAACCCAUCUACAGAUCCAUACAAGACACUGUUCGUAGCUAGAAUUAACUAUGACACAAGCGAGUCCAAGAUCAGAAGAGAGUUUGAGGUAUACGGCCCUAUCAGAAAAAUAAAGCUGGCCAGUGACAAAAUAUCAGAAUCUGGAAAACCAAGAGGCUAUGCCUUCAUUGAGUACGAGCAUGAGCGUGAUAUGCACUCUGCGUACAAGCAUGCAGACGGUAAGAAGAUUGAUGGACGCCGUGUGCUUGUUGACGUGGAGCGAGGUCGUACAGUGAAAGGAUGGAGACCUCGUAGACUUGGUGGCGGGCUUGGAGGCACAAGGAAGGGAGGCCCUGAGGAAAACACACGGUACUCUGGCCGUGAUGACUACACUAGGGGCGAGUAUCGUGACCGAGAUCGUGACAGGGAACGGCCCGAGAGAGGGGAGCGGGAACCAGAACCGGAGUCUCGAGAACGUGAUAGGCCAGAGAGGAAGAGGAGGUCAAGGUCACCGAAGUCACGUGACCGUGAUCGGGAACGUCGUAGGAGAAGUAGGAGUAGGGAUAAGAAACGUGAAAAAGAUGGAGAGCCAGUGGAAGAAGAAAAAGAAAAAGAAAAGGAUAAAGACAAGGAAAAGGACCGCGACAGGAAGAAGCGAUCACGACGAAGCCGAUCACGUGACCGCAAGAAGAGGAGCAGGUCACGUGACCGCGAACGUAAACGCAAAAGGUCAAGGAGCGGGGAGAGGAAACCGAAAUCCGAAGGAGACCAGAAGGACCAGCCCUCGGAUGAAGUCGGGGUGAAGGUGGAGAUGGAGGGGGGUGAUGAGGGCUAUGGAGGAGGGUAUGAGAAUGGAGAAAAGAAGCAGGCCGAAUACACAGAGGAGGAGGGCCAAUAUGAGGAGGAGGGGGCCACGGAUUAGGGGUCGUCAUUGUGAUUGUCGUAGUGUGGGGUAAUGCCCAGUGUUAGGACUCAGAACAUCAAUACACUGAUCGGAAAUAUCCAAUUAUGUUGCUAAAGUUGGUAACCAUCAUUCUAAAAUACGAAAAUACUCGGCGAAAAAAUCAGAAAUAUCAACAAACUGAAAUUGUGUCUACAUUUUAAAUAUAAGUUACUGACUACAGACAUUAACAUACUGAAGUACAGGUUGAAAGCACCAUUUGCAAGACUAAAUACAGCAAUAAAUGAGAAAUUUAUUUCCAAUUCAUUUGUGUCGCUAUUUAAAUCUACAUGUUGAUUGAGUACUUAGUAAAACUAAUAGCAGCGUGAUAGACACAUGAACAAAUGGAUAUCACUGGAAAGUUUUCCGAAUAAACAGUUCAUGGUUAUUAACGCUAUCUAUAACGUAAUCAUUUUAGUGUGGUCGUACAAGGCCAUCAACCUUAUGAGCAUCUGUGUUCUGUUUAUUUCACCAUUAAAUUUAUUUGUGCUAGAAAAUCACAAAAUCUUAAAGGGACUUGUACACGUUUUUAUAUUGGCAACGAUUUUAAAGUUUGUUGAAAUCAAGUUAUUUUAUGUAUUUUCAAGAACAAACAGCAGCUGGCUUAUUUGAACACAAUUUUGUGAAUCCAGGACUAAAAUAGUUGAAUUUUUAAUGACAUUACCUGGCAAAAUAGUAUUUUGGCUCACGGUUUGAAGUAAUUAUCUACAAUUCAUUGAAAUAAGCAUUGUUUUCACAUUUUAAACAAAAUUAGUUUUUAUUGUCUGACGCUAUAAAACAUGAAAAAGUCCCUUUGAUAUUUUUUCUGUUCAAGAUGUAUUCAUCUAAGUGUUCAGUGUAAAAUUGGUAUUUCAAUUGAUUGUUUUUCAGUAGACUCAAACAGAACAAUAAUGUUCCUUAGUUUGUUUAUAAACAUGCUUUAUCAUUUGCUACACAUGUUCAUAUUGUGCUGCAUAUUCCAAACAAGUCGUGGGUUAGAACAAUCAUGUUUCAUAUUUUGAUUAUAUAUAUGAUAUAUCAUUUGCUACAUGUGUAAAUAUUGUGCUGAAAAAUUCAAACAAGUCGUGGGUUUUAUUGACGUCAUGUUUCAUUGACAGCAAAGUAGGAAAUUGUCUCCUUUAUUGUGACUGAUUAUGUAAAUUUUCUAUGGACUAAAAUUUGAGAGUUGUAAUAUUUGAUAGAACAGAAAAAAAAUUUACCAGAAGAUCACAGAACCAUGUGGCUGAAUUUUGAUAUCUUUGUCCGCUGACCAUAUGGGUUCUAAAGUUUCAGGAUUAUCUUGAAAUCAGGAUUGAGAUCUUUUAAUUUCAGGCUAUUGUACAGUUGUAACGAUUGUUUUUGCUCGGACAUAUGCAUCAAAAACAAAAGGAGUAUCUUGAAAUUACUUUGGAAAUGGUUACAAAAUGGGUCUAUGUCACUUAACCCUGUUUUGGGCAUGAACCAUCAUUCUCACACAGACCUCCAGCUAUUUUUCAGGAUUGGCAAUUAUCACCUGUAAGAACCUUUGUUACCAUAUAUGAACAAAUGAUGCAGAUUAAUUGCAUACCUUGUCAUUUCAAAAUUCUUAAAAUCAAGCAUUUCUGUAAUUUUUCGGAAUCUAGUUAAAAUAAUCAUUGUUUAGAGCUUGAUUAUUUUACAACACUUGCAAAAUAUGUUUUGACAACAUUAACAAUAAGCACCAUCCAUAGACUUUAAAAAAAGGGAAGUAAUUGAGAUUCAGAAAACACAAAUGCUUCGUUCCACUACUAUCCCUGUUUCGCAUCCAGACAUGACUAACUGAGCUUUUAUCAUCAUCUAUCAUCUUGCCAUGUUUCAACAACUAUUUAUCACCAUUAUGAACAUCUUGCUGUGCAAUGUUGUCCAAUUUUCUGUUCAUCGUUACUCUAGUACAAUAACUUAAUAAUUGCUUAUAAAUAAGAAUGGGAGCAGAUAUUGAGUUCUUGUAUUAAGGUGACGUCAUGUUACUUUAGGACGUGUGUAAUAAAGUGAAGAAAAAAGAUA